GGCGCGGCGGGCACGGCGAGCGAGGCGGAGUCUGUGUUUCGGUCAGGCUGCGGCUUGCGGCUGUGGGGCUGUAGUUCAGAAGAGGGAGGCCGAGGCCUGGGCCCAGCCCGGAGCCGCUGCCCGACCGGAGCCUCCUGGAGCCCCCGCGCCGGCUGAUCUUAGGGGCGGGCUCGGGUUCGGCCCGCCGCCGCACGCAGGACCGAGGCUGCAUGCCGGAGGACCAGGCCCACGCAGCCAUGGAGGAAGCAUCUCCCUAUUCCUUACUUGACAUCUGCUUGAGUUUCCUGACCACUAACCUUGAGAAGUUCUGUUCAGCACGACAAGAUGGAACAUUGUGUCUUCAGGAACCUGGAGUAUUUCCACAGGAGGUGGCUGAUCGACUGCUUCAGACCAUGGCAGUUCAUGGUCUGCUGAAUGAUGGAACUGUGGGAAUUUUCAGGGGUAACCAGAUGCGGCUAAAGCGUGCUUGCAUUCGAAAAGCAAAGAUUUCCGCUGUUGCUUUCCGGAAAGCCUUCUGCCACCAUAAGUUAGUAGAACUUGAUGCCACGGGUGUGAAUGCCGACAUCACUAUCACAGACAUCAUAAGUGGCCUUGGCAGUAACAAGUGGAUCCAGCAAAAUCUUCAGUGCUUAGUACUAAACUCAUUAACUCUGUCCCUCGAGGAUCCUUAUGAGCGGUGUUUCAGCCGGCUUUCUGGUCUUCGAGCUCUGAGUAUCACUAAUGUGCUCUUUUACAAUGAAGAUCUGGCUGAAGUUGCUUCAUUGCCUAGACUGGAGAGCCUGGAUAUUUCUAACACCUCAAUCACAGAUAUCACUGCCCUCCUGGCCUGCAAAGACAGACUCAAGUCUCUCACCAUGCACCAUUUGAAAUGUUUAAAAAUGACUACUACCCAGAUCCUGGAUGUUGUUCGGGAACUAAAACAUCUGAAUCAUCUUGACAUCUCAGAUGAUAAGCAGUUUACAUCAGACAUAGCCCUUCGAUUAUUAGAGCAAAAGGACAUCUUGCCCAAUCUUGUCUCCCUGGAUGUUUCAGGGAGAAAGCAUGUGACAGAUAAAGCUGUUGAAGCCUUUAUACAGCAGCGGCCCAGCAUGCAGUUUGUAGGUUUGCUGGCCACAGAUGCUGGUUAUUCCGAAUUCCUUACGGGCAAAGGACACUUGAAGGUAUCUGGAGAAGCCAAUGAAACUCAAAUUGCAGAAGCGUUAAGGCGGUACAGCGAAAGGGCAUUUUUUGUCCGGGAAGCUUUGUUUCAUCUUUUUAGCCUGACUCAUGUGAUGGAAAAAACAAAGCCAGAAAUCUUAAAGCUUGUGGUUACUGGUAUGAGGAACCAUCCUAUGAAUUUGCCUGUGCAGCUGGCUGCUAGUGCCUGUGUGUUUAACCUAACUAAGCAGGACCUUGCUUUAGGCAUGCCUGUCCGGCUCCUCGCUGAUGUGACCCAUUUACUGCUCAAGGCCAUGGAACAUUUUCCUAAUCACCAGCAGUUACAGAAGAAUUGCCUCCUCUCACUUUGCAGUGACCGGAUUCUUCAAGAUGUUCCAUUUAACAGGUUUGAAGCAGCCAAGCUUGUCAUGCAGUGGCUUUGCAACCACGAAGACCAAAACAUGCAAAGAAUGGCAGUUGCUAUCAUUUCCAUCCUGGCUGCCAAGCUUUCUACAGAACAAACUGCACAGCUGGGUGCUGAGCUCUUCAUAGUCCGGCAACUUCUUCAAAUAGUGAAGCAGAAAACUAAUCAAAAUUCAGUGGACACUACAUUGAAAUUUACUUUGAGUGCCCUUUGGAACCUCACAGAUGAAUCCCCAACAACAUGCAGACAUUUCAUUGAAAAUCAAGGGCUGGAACUCUUCAUGAGAGUUCUAGAGUCUUUCCCAACCGAGUCAUCCAUUCAACAAAAAGUUCUAGGACUUUUGAACAAUAUAGCUGAAGUACAAGAGCUGCAUUCUGAAUUAAUGUGGAAAGAUUUCAUAGACCAUAUCAGCAGUCUCCUGCACAGUGUGGAAGUAGAAGUCAGUUACUUUGCAGCUGGGAUUAUUGCCCAUUUAAUAUCUAGAGGUGAACAAGCAUGGACCUUGAGCCGUAGCCAGAGGAAUUCUCUUCUUGAUGAUUUGCAUUCAGCUAUUUUGAAAUGGCCAACUCCAGAGUGUGAGAUGGUAGCAUACAGAUCCUUUAAUCCAUUUUUCCCACUACUUGGCUGUUUUACGACACCAGGAGUCCAGCUGUGGGCAGUUUGGGCCAUGCAACACGUUUGCAGCAAGAAUCCUUCAAGAUACUGCAGCAUGCUGAUUGAAGAAGGAGGACUACAGCAUUUGUACAACAUCAAAGAACAUGAACAGACAGACCCCUAUGUCCAGCAGAUUGCUGUAGCCAUUCUGGACAGUUUAGAAAAACACAUUGUGCGCCAUGGGAGGCCCCCUCCCUGUAAAAAGCAGCCCCAGGCCCGACUAAAUUGAUAGCCAUAGAUAGUUGGAUAAUGAACAACAGGAAUCAUUUUUGUGGUUAGUUCAUUUGGAAUAAUAUGCUCUCUGGUGUUGGGGUGUGGUGUGGGUGUGUGUGUGUGUGUGUGUGUGUGUGUGUGUGUGUGUGUGUGUGUGUGUGUGUGUGUGUGUGAAGAGUCCUGUGAUCCAUUUGGGAUUGGUAAUGUACAGUACUGCCCGUGUGUGUGUGUGUGUGUGUGUGUGUGUGUGUGUGUGUGUGUGUGUGUGUGUGUGUGUGUGUAGUCCUGUGAUCCAUUUGGGAUUGGUAAUGUACAGUACUGCCCAUGUGAACAGUCUGAUUUGUCUUGUGAUUUUUAACUUAUGAAGCAAGAAAGGUCUUCCUUCAUUCUUGUCUUUUAGGAAAUCUUUCAGUGUUUGAACUUAACCUGUGCUUGAGAUGCUACAGUUUUAUGAUAAAUUGCACGAACCCUUAUGCCAGACUUGUCUAGAGUCCCUUCCAGGUCAUUUGCAGCCAGGUCAUUUGCAGUGUGGGCGGGGCUGCUGAUGUGACAUCGGCUCUGCUUCGGUUGUAAGUUUUAUACUACUUCUGUAAAAAUGCCCUCAUUCUCUGUGUAUCUCUCACAAGAUGCGCUUCUUUGUGUGAGUGGAAAUCCAUUGUGUCUCUGGAAGCUCUUGGCUGUUUGGAGCCUGGAUAGCAGUCAAAGAAAUACAAAAGAAAAGUCUUAGACGAAGAACAGAGUUGAAAGGAGUUAGACAUUGCUUUUAUGGUAUAGCUCUGAGAAUGGGACAGGUUCUCCUUGUCUCCCUCUACCAAGGCCGGGAGCAGGAGCUGUUCUCCAUGCUGAACACUGGAAGCAGGGACUGUUUCUGCAGGUUACUCUAGAGAUACUCCCCAGUUACCACAGUAUCCUGUGUCAAAGCCUCUCUGAGACACUGUCUGUUAUGUUGUAAAAGAGUGCAGUUUUUUAAAUGUCGUUGGUUAAAACUGGCUAUUUUUACCCCUUCUUUCCCAAAGUCAUUCUUACUCAGUGGAGUAGAGACUACUCACAGAGUUAAUUUGCUUAGUUAAAAUACAAAUUGACAACAGAAAAUUUGCUAUAAAAAUUUAAUCUUGAGCUGCGCUGUGGCUCAGUGGUAGAGAGUGUUCUUAGCAUGUAUGGAUUCAAUACCCAGCACCACACACAAAAAUGUUAAUUUUUUCUUAUAACAUGCAGAUAUCUGUCAGCAUAAAUGGCUCAUUCCUGUACUCUUAUCACUCAGGAGACGAGGCAGGAGGGUGCCGUGAGUCUGAGGCCAACCUGUGUUAGAGUGACCUUUAGUAUAUCUUCAUUAUGUGUUCAUGUUAGAAAAGGAUGUCCACAUCCCACGUCCAAACAUGCAAGAGAAGAAUAGGCUGCUGCUAAAUGAUUAAAUAUGUAGCUGACCAGGUAAAAGGAAAUGUUUUUGAUGGACUUUUUUUAGACAGUUGCCUUUCCUUUAAGAUAAUUGAUACAGUGAAGAAUCAGUUAUUGUCCUAUGACCCUGGGAGGUAUCAUGUUAUCAACAAACUUCAUUUCCAUUUCCAUUUUCAUUUUAAGCUGGGAAUAGUUGAGACCUAUAGUCCAUUCAUCACAAGGGUGAGACAGAAGGGAUUACAUGUUGGAGGUGAGCUUAGGCUACAGAGCUGUAAGCCAGUCUGAACUAUACAGGGAAAUCCUUUCUCACAAAACAGAACAAAAUUUUUAUUUUAAGGAGGCUUGGUAAGGCACUUGCCCUUAAUCCAAAACAUUAAGGAGCAGGUGGCAUUCAAGGCCAACAUGGGCUAGAUAACAAGACCCAUUCAACAGGUACAGUAACAAAAUCGUUUUGUGAAUAGGUUUAAUCUGAAAUCUCAUCUGACCACAUUUUAUUCAUACACAUCUAAAAUGUUUUCAAUAGAGUUUUAAAAUGAUAUUUUUAAAUAAGUCAGAAAUAUUUCAGUUUAGAAAGGAGCUAGUUUAAGCUGGGCAUGGGGCAUACACCUAUAAUCCUAGUGUGUGGAAAAUGAAGGGAGAAGACUGAAUUCGAAGCCAGCCUGGGCUACGUGAGAGUCCCUGUCUAUAGGAAACCAACAAGCUGAUUGAUUUAUUAGUAUGCUUUUAACAUGGCUGACUCAUGUUUCAUACUGCUGCCACAGACUUCAGACUUGAGUGUUUUGGGCUUCCUUCGUAGGAAUGAAUACAGAAUCAAACUGAAAGAAAAUAGAUACAUAGAAUUAUCAAAAGGCCAUAUAAAACAAUGGUUGAAUUCUCACUUCAUUGAUUUCAAGGGAUUUUUAGAGCCAUAAGAUACAUUUUCACCUUCAUUGGUUCCUCAAACAUGAUCUGCCACUGGAGAGGCAGGAUUGUUGAAAGUUUGAGGCUAGCCUGGACUACCUAUUGAUGCUGGUCUCAACAGCCUCCACCACAAAAAGAUGGAUUUUUCAUAGUUGUGCUUAUUUCAGAGGAAAGAAAAUUCUUUCAAAGGAGUUUUUGCUUUUUGUUGACAUUUCACCCUCAAUUUUAAUGUCUAAAAUUAAAAUUCUGACAAUAGAAUAGUCUGCAGUAGCUUGCAAGUUGGUGGUGUUGACCAGCCAGGUCUACCUAUUCUACUUUGGGGAAGACUGUUGGAGAACUUUGACUUCCAGUGUCAGGACAAAAGUGCAUGUUCCUGUAAGCUACUACUUAAACUUUCUGCUUUUACAAAUCGUUAGAAAAAUAAAGCCAGGUGUUGUGGUACACACCUGUAGUCCCAAUAUCACCAACCACAUAGCAAAUUCAGAACCCUGUCUCAAGAAGCAGAACAAGAAAUGGUCAAAAAAUUAUAAAAUUCUUCAGAAUAAUCUGAUACAUGAAGAUUCAAAAAGAUUUCAAUUUAUAUUUUGCAGGCCAUCAGGGCUACAUUGUAAAACUUAAAUAAAAAAUGAUCACAUCACAAAUGUA